AUCGAAUUCAGUUUCGUUUGUUAUUUUAUUCUCGUUUUUGUCAAUGGCGAUGAGGAAGCUUUUGUCGCAGCGUUUGUUCAAUGUUUCGAAAACGGCGUCGCAAGGUCUCAUGAACUGUCGAAUCUCGUCUUCUUCGUUAGCCGUCGUGCGAACCAGGGUUCCUAAAGAACCAGGAGAAGCCACCACCGUUGAUCCGGAGCCUGGUGAUUUAGCGUUUUCGUGGAUGUCGGUUGGGGAGAGUCUGAGGGAGAAGCUUCGAGAAAACGACCGGAUUCGAUUAGACGGACUUUUACCUCCGGUGAAACAUGCGGCGGCGGUGGAGACGGAGGCGUUGGGGCUUCUUACUGUGAAAGACGCGAAGAAGUUGCUUAGAGCUGCGCAGAUCGAGGUGGUGAAAACGAAGCUGAUGGAGACAGGGAGAAGCUGGAUCCCUUACUCUGAGUUCGUCGGCGUCUGCAAUGAUUCUUGUUUGAAUCCUUCUCAGGGACCUUGGAUCGCUAAGAUGCUUGAUGAUUCAGGAAACGUCAUCGUUUUGGGAGAUUACGUUUGCUUAAAACCUGAUCAGGUAACAAAAUCAAUCGAGGGUUUGCUUCCUUUACCACAGAUCCGUAACCCAAACGAUCCAAGAAGAAAAGAGCUGAAAGAGCUAGAAGCUAUAAAGAAAGUCAUUGACGAGAAAGCACAUUCAUUGGUGAGAAGAGAGCUUUGGGCUGGUCUUGGUUACUUGAUACUCCAAACCGCAGGGUUCAUGAGGCUAACGUUCUGGGAACUCACGUGGGACGUUAUGGAGCCAAUCUGUUUCUAUGUCACAUCUAUAUACUUCAUGGCUGGUUACACUUUUUUCCUCAGGACGGCGAAAGAGCCGUCUUUUGAAGGGUUUUACGAGAGUAGGUUUGAGGCUAAACAGAGAAAACUGAUGAAAUCUCAAAAUUUUGAUGUUGGGAGGUAUGAUGAGCUGAAGAAGAUGUUUAAUACUAAGCCUUCUUCAGCUGCUGUUUCCAAGAUUCUUGGAGCUUUACAUAAUUAAUCUUUGAUUAAGGGGGCAUCUUUUUCGAUUCGAUGUAUCGUUGUCUCCUAAACUGAGAAAGAUGAAUUAACAACCAAAAAUUGUGUGAAAGAGUAGUUACUAAAGAGAAAAAGUUUUCGAAUAGAUGCGGCUUAUGUAAACAUUUGGAGAGGAAUAGAAUAUUGAAUGUUGUUUUAUGUA